GUUAAGGUGUAUGUGUUGUGACAUGAUAACGAAAUGGCGGUAUUGCGUGCGUGAUACUUAUACAUGUUGAAGACAGAAAUAAAGUUUGUCAGAAAAUCAUUUGCGGAGAAGAAUUUGGUGACAUUUCUCGCUCACAGAUAUGUGCCUUCGAAUGUUUGCAAAUCACAUGUGUGAACAGUAAAGUUCCGACACGACGAAAUGGUUGACGGAACUGAAAAUCACGAAAGAAACCUCUUGGUGCUGGAGAAUGAUCACGCAGCAGUAUCCAGCAAGGUGGAAGCUGUUAAAGAGAUAUGCAGGUUUGAUACACUUCGGUGCAUAAAAAAUGAUGGAGAUCUGUUAACUCGUUUUCUGAGUGCAGUUAUCAAGUUUUUAGAGACUUAUCCAAAUGAAUGCUCUAACGCUGUCCUUGAUGUCCUAGAAUCUGCAAUCUCUGACAUUUUAAAAUUGAAGGACACAUUUCCACUGACCUCACAUUUGCUGAACAUUAUCUGUGCGGUUGUACAUACUGGUGAACCAGAAUUGCUUGCUUCUAAUAAUGGUAACAGAGAAGCCAAUGAGAGGAAAUCGGAGGAUAAGUUUUCUGAUGGAAAAGAGGGCUUGCCAGAUAAGCUGGUUAGACUAAUGAAAUGCCUGAAUCUCUGUGAUAAAAGUUUUAUGUGGGAAAACUUGGGUACUGCACCAAAUUUUGCGAAGUACAUAGGUGUAAUAUUAAAAUGCAUGAAUAUGAGGGGUAGUUCUGACAGUGUUCUAACUGAUCUUCGGCAACAAACAUUAAGGACGGUGUUCAGAAUUUUUAGCAGUGUGAAGCAUAUGGGUGUGAAUCCUGUAAAUAAUGAGACACUCAGUGAGUGGGUGGAAAUAUUGUUGUCAUUUGUGUUUGAUAAUGACGACGACAUUCAGAAAUCUGCAGUACAUGGUUUGCAUUCAAUGUGGACAUGUUUAGCUGCUAGUGGCUGGACGAAGGAUUUUAUAUGUUCUCCUGAACUGAAGAAACAAAUAAAGUCAGAUUACUGCCCUAAGCUAAUAAAGCUUGUUGAAUCUCCUGAGCGUGUGGAACCAAGCUGGGAAGUUGUAUGGUGCCUCCUGGUGGACCUUCUGGCAAAUCAGUUGCUGUCAAACCAGAACAGUCAGUUGACAAACAGCAUGCUUGCUGUGGAAGAAAGAGCAUUUAAACGUAGUGACAGAGCUCCAGCUUUCAAAUGUUGGAAAUACCUAAUUGAAAAGUUGUGUGCUUCAAAUGGUCAAGAUAUUAAGAAGCACCUGAAACUUUUACUACAGCCAUUAGUUAUCAGCAACACCAAAAAUGAACAGUUGAUUCGUUUGAAACAUGAGGUUUUUUGGUUCUUUGUUUGCUGCGCAGCACCUUUGUGUGAUGACUGCAGUGUAGUUCUUAAUGCAUUUCUCAGAUUCAACUUUGGAAUACCUGAUCAGACUGAUCUGAGUCAUUUCAAUCUUUCUGUUAGCAACAGCUCUGUUGCUGGCAAUGGAAAACAUGCAUUUUCUGGCCUGAAGAGAAACUUCCACAUUUUUCGAUCUGGUUGCAUUGAUAGAUUAGCACAAGUUUUGUGUCCUACUGCACCAGAGAGCAGAGAUGAUUUUCAGUUUGAAUCACCAAAAUUGUCUGUCGCUGUGAUUAAAUCACCUGCACAGUUUCUGCGGCUUCACCCACUGAUCCUCUAUUGUGCGUGUUCUGCAGUGUUGAUUGUGGCAUACCGGAAAAACAAAGAAGCACAGGAAGUGCUGAAUGUUGUGUGGGAGUCAUUAGUUUACCAUAUGAAAUCUCUCAUCACAUCAGAGAGUUCUCAAAAAACGAAAAUAACAGAAGUGACUAGAGAGUUUUUAUGCUUCUUGCGCAGCAUGAGCAGACAGUGUAGUGACGACAGUUUCUCAUCUUUACUACUGUCACCAGUGUUUGAAAAUGUGAUCUGUGGAAGGAAUUGUUUUCCUCCUGCCUUCCUUUCAUCUAGAUUAUGGCACAUGAAAAUGGCUGAUGAUAUGUUACCAACCCCUGCUGCAGUGCUUGUGGAAUGUCUUCUCACACCACCUGUUGUACCACAAGAUGAUCAGAGUGACAGGUUUCAAAGAAUGAUGGAAGUUUUGGUAGAGUGCGGUUUUUCGUCAGAGUGUCCCCUGGAUCUUGCCCUUGGCAUAAUGAGGCGCCUUGAAGUUUGCUCAUAUGAAUGUGAUGAGACAAAAGCUCUCACUGUGUACUUCACAUGGUAUUCUCUUGCAAGAAAAUUAACAACUGUCAUUGACAAGUUUCUUGAAGUGGAUCCAGAUCUGAGAAAUAAGCUACUUGAGAUGCUGCUCGGGUUUCCAAUUACACGAGCAGAUUACUUCAGACUUGCUGCUGACAAGCUUACAGAUGAAAAACAGAAACCUUUUGAUGUUUGGCGAAGUAUACUCUCCAGUGCUGUUACUCAUUGCACAGAGGAAGAUAAGUUGAACAAUAAAAUGUGUGUUCAUCUGUGUUCAAAGCUGAUGGUAUAUCUGAAGAAGGACCUAAACCAGCAGCAGGGUUUAUAUAUAUCAAAGUAUAUUCGUGUGCUUGGAGAAACUGUGCCCUGGAAAGAUGUAACAAGUCAUCUUGUUCACAGUUAGUACUUAGUGCAGUGUUUCCUCUGUUCUAGAUACCCACAGUAGUUUUUAUUAUGAUUGAUGUUGAGAAAA